UGCACCUUCAAAAUAAAGAAAUCUGUUUUCCUGACACGGGAUAUUAGAACCGCCCUUUAGCUAUCGGUAUGGGACCAACCAGGACUGAGGGUUUUGUUUCGCAUAGCAACCUGUGCUGCUGCUGUCACCUGACAGACACAUUAGCAAGCCAACUCUGUUUUUUGAUUAGCAAUCUUUUGUUACAGUCCGCCAAAAGAGUUAUUACUUUAUAACCAGGCAAGCAAACGGGAGAGACUUCAGCUAUUUCCUCAAUCUGUGAUGCAUCUGUAACAGCAGUUGAACCAGCAAACCUGCCCAUCAAGAUUGUUUUCUUAAAUCAUUCCCCGGGUACAGUGCGGCCUAUUGGCAAAGACUCCAGUUUCGUUGAGAGAAAACAAACUCGUCUCCACGGUCUCAGUAAAAUUCGCAAGACAGAUUGCCUAAGCAGCUUUUCCUCCCCUCCUUCUCUCUUGCAACGAGUGGGAAAGCCAGAUUGUAUUAAAUUUCAUCAAGUUGAAACUCUUCCUGGUGCUCGGAUCCCCGCAUCCGAAGCUGAUUGGUUCUAAUUUACUUUUUUUUAAAAAAAUGAAGGUUGCAGUGCUGGACUUGGGAACUAUAUUUGCAAAGAUCUUCACGACUUCUGCUUCUCCUGCUGUGCCUCCGGCUGGUUCUUCAAGCAGCGGGUCUCCCGCCUCUCCUCGUGGACCAUCAGUCCCAGUGCCUUCAUCUAAAGCGACGCCUCUCACUUCUUCCCUGUUCAAUGUCUCAGGGAAAGCCUCGGUGCUAACUGGAACUGCCCCCGGCCCAGAGUGCUCUGCCGCACUGAAAGUCCGCAGCGCCUCUCCGCUCCCCUCGGCCGGCGGGACGAAACCAGCCGGAUUGAGCGCAGGGGCUGCGAAUCAGGCACCGGCACGACCGACUCCGAGCUGCAGCCCGGUUGGUUCAGGUGCAGCGAGAAGCGCGCAAGCUCACAGCGGAGCCGCCAGCGCUGUGAUGGGCAGCACGGGAAGGUCCCCCGUACACGUCGCGCAGAACGUGGGCUGGAACCCGCCCAACAAGCAGUACCCGUUCGCUUUACCCGACAUCGGUGAGGAGUGGCUGACGGAUACCGAGUCGGUGGAAAGUAGCAACGAAAAGAAGGGGUUAUUAAAAGGAACCACUGACCAUAUUCCUGAGAAAGCAAGUGAUUCUCUUCCAACUAAUUUUACAAAACAUGUCCAAGGAGCAAUUCAUAGUUACAACAGUGGUGAAUCCAUUGUAUCAGAAUCAUAUAUUGGGCAGACUACUCCCACAGACCUUAAUAAUUCUUGGUCUGGAAUCCAGAGCUAUACAACAAGCCUGUCCACUGAACGUAGUUCAGUGUACUCCUGGAGAGAUGAUGAAUUUGACAAAGCAAAUACGCGGACAGUACAUCAACUUUUCUGGGAAAUCGAUGAGAUGUUGUUUGAGGGAAAGGUGAGCUGUCGUACUGAAAGUAUUCAAAGUGAAUGUCAGGAAUGGACGGAACGUUCGCCCCAGCUCAGGAUAUUGGGGACCCAGCUCUUGCUGCCAAAAGAUGAAGGCUUUCAACAUUUCCAGAGCAGAGGAAACAGCUCCAUGGCAACUAGGACAUUACCUAGUUUCUGUGAAAGCACCAGUGAUGUGAAAGAGCUUAGCCUUUCAGGAGUACGUCUGCUUCCUACACACUCUCCCUUCCAUAGUUCAAACUCCACCAUAAGUUCCCUUGACUCAGAGUGCUCCGUUUUCUCAUUCCUAGAGGAGGAGAUUUAUGAUGUGGAUGGAAAAAUUGAAGAGUAUUUUGCAUAUGACAGUAAAGAAUGUAUUAGUGAAGAUGAGAGUUUAGAACAAAAGAAAGUUCAAGUUGCUCGGAGGAGAAAUAAACGGGGCAUUCCUCCCAUUUCUCCCAAUGCCUGCAUUAAAGAUGCUGUAUCAGCGGAGAUAUUUAAUGAUAUCUGGCGAGAUGUGAUUGAUGUAUUGGAAGAGCUGAUCAGGAAACACUGGGAAAACAACCUUUCAGUCACUUGGGAUCUUUACUGGCCUGCCAGUUGUGACCAAGAUGAAAAACAGCUAAGUACAGGCUCCAGUAUUUUGUCUACCACAAGAAAUCGCAUGGGACGAACUGCAGAGCACAGUGUUCUCUCAGCAUCUCGCAUCAUUCAGGCAUCUUCAAGAAAGACAGUGACACAACGAAAGCUGCCAUCACUUAGUUCAGAACUGCUAAAGUUGAAAGCUGCCAAUGUCUACAGUGAUGAGAUUCUUAGGGGAACUAAAUUUACAAAUGCUUCUACAACCUACAAGAGUUCUCAGUAUGUUGAAGUAAUUGCAAAAGCCCACAGUGGUGCACGACAUCAAGUAUAUCAACACUUUACACUAAAGAGACACACUGGACUGGAUCAACUCGCAUCUCCUCCAUCACAGACAACUCGUCAUAACCAGUUGCCACCCAUUAAUUCAGAGUCAGCAGAAAUGCACCUUCCUUUGCCUGGAUCAAUACAACAACUGAGAGGAAGAUUCCCUCACAGCCGAGUGUCCAGUGCAGUUGGAGAAGGAUCAGGCCGCCGACCUCUCAGGGAACGACCAAUCGCUUUCGAUACAUCUUCAAGGCCGAACACAACUCACACAUUUAGGUCUGAUACUCCUUUCAAAAGGUCAUUCACACCAAUGGACUAUGCCAGCCAAGCACGGAUAGGACGGGCUUCCUUUACAGAUCGUGCUGGCAUCGGCAUGACUGGCAUUGGUGUGACUGGCAUCAGCCUAGGAAUUUCUGCCUCUAGUUCCAAUUAUCACACAGAUUUUGUACAUCAUCAUCACCAUCUGUCAAACCAGCCACCUAUCGAAGGAGACGAGGAAGAAUAUCGAGCAAUAUGCGGUCCACAAGUCCAUCUCCAGUCCAAAACAUUCAACCGAUUUCCUACAAAUUCCAAAAAACGAUCCCAGAUGGUUUCAUAGAUACACUCAGUACAGAGACUGGAGAGGUAGAAGAAGACAAUCUGCUAAUGUCAGGUCACAGGCAAUACUCAGAGGACACCGGAUUAAAGAAAAACAAUAUGAAAAUUCAAAAAUACUUGAAGUGAAAAGACUUGCAUCAAUGUUCCACGACGGUCUCAAGCAAUGUGUUAGCUGUCUUCCUUUUAAUAUAUCUACUAAGCACACUAUGCAAUAAAAAUAUCAUUUUUACAGGAACUCUCCAGACAAUUUGUCAGGACCUCGGGCAGUUCAGUCUGGAACUGUAACAUUUACAGGUAUCAUAACUAAAGACCUGACACCACAUGGAGAGACACAGGAUCAGUGUAGGGAUGGCGUCUGGCGUUGGACAGUUCCCUCCCCACUCCCUGGGCAACUGCCUGAGCUUGCACAGGAGCUUCUAGAGCAAAAUUCAUUCCCCUGACAUGAAAAGCUAGCUCCACCACUGCCUGACAUCUUUAUUGUGUGAUCCUUAAAUUUCUCAUUAACUCCAAUAUGCUGUCAAUACCUCAAUAAGCAACCUACAGAAAGGUUAGUACAUCUUGUGUUAACUAAGACUGAAUAGUUGUUAUUGAAAGUUUAUGCUUGUAGAAUUGAAUGUGAGCAAGCUAAAGGGAAAUGUUCAGUUUGCAGUUAAACCACAGAAAUCCAUUUUAUUCCUUUUUAGAUGAAUACAGAAUGCUGUAGAUUAUCAGUAUUUAUGCAAUGACAAACCUUUGGCAUGCACUUGCCAUUUCUCUCAAGUUUCACUGAAGAGCAAUAUGAGUUUUAUUUUCUUAUUUAUGUUAUUUAUAAGUCAAAAAUUCGAUUCUAAGAUUUUAAUGUUGGCAAACAUCCUGCACCUUUCAUUCCAUAAUGUAUGAAACAUUUCAUAAUCUAUGUAUUGUAUAUUGUAUUCAUGUACUCUAUGCAAUGACAAAAAUGAAGCUCUUAUAAUAUUUUUCCCUCUAAUUUGUUCAAAUGUUACAAUGUUAGGAUUGAAUGAUGGAUUCAAAUUUUAAGUUGACCACUCAAUACUAACUUAGGCCAAAUCAUACCAAAGAAGGGCAUCUUGUUGAAAGAGUGCAUGCUAUUUAAUAUGAGCCCUAACUUUCUAUGGCAAGGUUAAUGGACAAUUAAUGGACAACCUAGCAAGUUCUUCAAAAAAAGGCAAUGCCAAGGAUGCGAUGCUAUUUGUGUGAAGUAAUAUGAAUCAAUCAACAAGAAUUGGAAAUAUGCAACUCACAUCAUUAAUUUCCUUAACUUGCUGGCUGAUUUCUGUAUUAAUAUCUGCACCAACUAUGAUUUUGUUUUAUUUUCCAGGAAGACUUGGCCCAUAAUUUAGUAAAGAGAUGUUGAAGUGAGGAUUAAUUGUUUUUUGUAGUUGUGUAAGAUAAUUUUUGACUGUCUUAAAGUGUGAAUAUUGCCAACUUUUAUGGUUCAUAUGUGCAUGUGUAGAUAGUGAUUUUAAAAUGUACAGUUUGUGAUAUCGGUAAAUGAAUAUUUAAUUCAUUUGUAUGAUAUUCCUCUGCUACAUAUUUUAGCUGAGGCAUUUCCAUUGCUCAGUUGAAGCAGAAGAAUGUCUUGUACAAAAAUUAAGUGUUCAUCUUUACCGCCGUUGUAAACUCUGACUAACACUGUUUGGAUUUUGCGAUAAGACAUAAAAUAUGUGGUUUGUUUAUAGACCUUAAAUAACUUUGUUAUUUCAGGAAGUUUUUUUAAAAAAAAGUUUUUGUGUAAAUAAAUAAUGUUUCAUGAUCCAACAUGAAUUAGCUUUUGCAAUUAUUUUCACUUUGGAACUGUAACAUUUGUAGUUAUCAUAACUAAACACCUGACAUCACAA